UCACAUAUAUUUAAACGAGCAAAUACCAUUGCAUAUCCAUAAUCUUUAAAAGCAUAUGACAAGAAAUUUAAUUUAAGAAAUUUUUGGAGAUACGUAGAUGUUCAAUUUUAUAUGGACUACAUUUCAUAUUAACUGAACAUACUUUUGCGCGAAUUAACAUCCUCUGACUGAAAGAAGCAAAUAUAUUCCUUAUCCCAGUGUUUCACUGUUUACAAGGCAGACAGGGAAGAAACCCCCUUAAUCAUUCCAAAGAAAAUUAUUUGUUAAUUCCUGAACUGGGGAAGUGAGUAAUAUAUUUAUGUAUAAAGUCACGCGUAACAUAAGUGAGUCAAAUUGAACUGCAAUAAAAGGUUAUUUGCAAUUUAAAUCAAUGCCAAACAAUGGAAAAAUACGCGAGGAAAAGAAACGUUAAGUAUGAAAGCGAAACCACCAGUUUAAGCGAAGUUUUGAAAACCAAAGACUUUCCCAUAGUCGCAAGAAUAUCUAAGACGAAUGAACUUGCAGGAAAAUGUUUAGUAGGAAACAAAGAAGUCUUGUUUCAAAGGCGGUUGAAAAUAAAAUGCGCACAGGUUAGAAUUUUGGACUUUAACGACAAAGAAAAUUUACAAGAAGCAAAGGGUAUUGAUUUCAUCAUGGAACAUGGCAAUUUUGUUGAUAAUACGUAUCUUAUGCCUAUGAAGUACAAUGGAACACUGAAAUUUGUUCACAGACCAGGUAGUCGGAACAGAUAUUCUUAUAUUUCACAGGUUCUGCAAGAAUUACCCCGAUUUGUGUGUGUAGAAGAAGACACAGUUUCCAUGCCAUCAAAUGGCAUAGGUAAAAUCGUUAUUGUACCCGAAAAGACAAUUCUUGAAGUUGUUAGAAAAUUCAACGAGAAUGGAGUAACGUAUUUACAAUGCAGUGAUGGCCAUGACUCAUACGCUUUCAGUGAGAAGGAUAGAGUAAGCUUCACAGAAGUCGAAGAUGAAAAGUUAUAUCAUCUAUUUGAGCUUGUGCGUCUUCAAUUAUUGCCAAAAGUAUUUAAGUUCCUAGAUGUAGAUCCAGCAGAUAUAGUACUGAUGAAUGAGGAACUGAAUAGUGGCUUAUUAACAAUGGCUGGGGGACCAAUGGAAUUAACGCGAUUUGUUGAUGUUGACAUAAUUGUUGGUUGGGCGAGAGAUAAUAAAAAGAAGACAUAUGAAACCUGUGUAAUUCCAAGAAAUCUUUGGCCAUUGAUUCAUCUUCAAACGCAAGCAUUUUCUGAUCAAAAAGGAAAGCACACUUACAUUGACAGAAAAUAUGGUCACUGCAUACAUUCUGACUUUGUAGAGAGGAGUCUAUAUAUACUACCCGUGGAUCAGUUUGAGAUAACCUGGCUAAGAAGUCCUGAUUUGUACGAGCGCAAUUAUUCGGGAAGUGCAAUGUUUGAUGUGGUAUAUAUAGAUUUUCAAGCCUCAUCUGAGGAUGACGACGAGACAAGUGGUGAUACUACCGGAGACUUUGACUGUCCUCCACCGUUACCAGAAAAACCAACAAAGUUGCUAGAUCUCCAAGUUCCUACACAAUUACUUCACGGUGUAAAGACGAGAAACAAAAGAAAGAAAAGUAAAGACGAUCGGUCAAAUAUUCACUCACAGAAGAAUAUAACGGCCAAACAGACAUCUAAAAGUAGAUCUAGGUACUCUUCAGAAAGUAAUGUCAGGGACGGUCAUGGUGCUAAGCACUACAAAAAACAACAAACUGGCUUCAGAUCUGCAUUAAGCCAAACCAAAUUCCCUUCUGUCGAUUCAAUUAUCGAGGAAAGUCAGUAUUUACCUGCCGAUAAAAUGUCUGCUCGACUUGUGAAAUCCAGUGAAAACAUACGACAGGUAUCGCCACCACCGCCAUUUUCUGCGUUAUCAUGUAGUUCUUUUACCACUUCCGGUGCAAACUCAGAUUCCGACGACUCGGACUCGUCACGUAGUUAUGAAUAUCCAGUCUUUGAAACGUUUUUCUGUCAAGCGCCCGAUUCUCUUCAACAUCACUCAGCGACCGAUUCAAACGUAUUCCAAGCCGAUGUUCAAGUCACGGUGUCAAAUUCACCAAACAGAGACAUAACAGACAGGUAUGUAACCACUCCAUUUAAUGAACAGUUUGCUAAAGGAGAGAAUCUAAUUUCGUCAGCUGUACCUCAAGGAAGAGAAAUAGAAGCAUCAUCCUAUGUACCUGUAUCUAAAGAAAGCAAUGGAUAUGACAUUUCAGUGCCAAGGUUAAACAGUAACUACAUACUAGAAACAGAUCAGACAGAGGAUAGGUUUUAUCAAUAUUCGGUUUUGGAAACCUCACAGUGCUUCAGACAUUGUGGUCUUGGAAAGUUUGCAGAUGAGUGUUUGAAGAACAGACUUGAUGGCUCGUUUUUCAGAAAUUUUGAUCUGCAAGUCUUGAAUGGAGAUCCUUUCCAUCUAUCCCCCUUCGAGGUUCUGAAAGUCAGAAAAAUAAUAUUCGAAGGCUGGAGACCGAAUAUCGGUAACUAACAUCGACGGGAUAUUAGUUGAAUUCAUAUCAGAUAUUUGGUUUGUUUGUUUUUGGUUAAACGCCGUUUUUCAAACUUAUUUUAGUUCUGUAACGACGGGCAGUUAACCUAACCAGUGUUCCUGGAUUAUGUACCAGUACAAACCUGUUCUCCGCUGGUAACUGCCAACUUCCCCGCGUGAUACAGAGGUUGAGGACGAAUGAUUUCAUACACGAUGUCUUUUAUCAAAUCGUCAUGGAGAACAAACGCCUCGCCCAGGGCUCGAACUCACGAACCCGCUUUCCGUAGAUCUGCGCUCUCCUUAUUGAGCUAAGCGGGCGGGCGUAUUAGAGACUACACCGGGCAUAAUCUUUUAAUCGCAUGACUUAUUGUGUACCUUUCUCACUUGUAAGUUAAUAUAUUACGGCAUCAAAUCACUGUAGUGAAAGAGUCAUGUUUCGUUUAAAUGGUAGGUGAUCAGUACCUAUCUUUGAAAAGAAAACAAAUAUUUAAAUGUGUAUAAUUUGCGAGCGAGAACAGCAUUACAUUUAAUAAGAUCAAACCAAACCAAGUGACACUGAAGUAUGCAGUAAGAGGGACGUUUGAAAUAACUUCAUAUUUGUGACAUUGUGUAAACAAAAAAAAAAGAUUGACGUAGAAUAAUUACAAAUUAGAAAAAUACAGUAAAGUGUUGUUGUCAUGAUCAGGGAAGAAGAAUAUAUUUAGAUAGUAGAAGUCCAUAUUGAACUAAUUUCUGGCCUGUUGUUUUGUAUAAUUGAAAUCACUUAAUUGUACUAAUAGAAACUUAUCACGACCCAUUGUAUUGUUUUUGUGGUUUCUUUUAGGUAACAAUAUUCAUAAUCCUACUGUACAUUUAUUAAAUGUACUAAACAUUUGGAAAGAACAGGUUAUUGAGAACAUUAGUUUGCUUGUAUUAUGAUUUCAUGCUUCAUAGCGGAACUCGCUCGUUUCUAUAUUAUAGACAUUUAUUCGUUAUUGUGUGACAUUUUAAAUCUUGGUUGAGUAAGUACAAUAAACAAAAUGAUAUCAAAGCGUC